GGCCUGAUGCAAUGGUUGCAAUGGUCCCUAAUAACAUUGUCUCGUCUUCCGCGGACCUUUUGGACACCGAGCCUGAUGCAAUGGUCCCUAAUAACAUUGUCUCGUCUUUUGGGCAGCGCGAAGUGAUCCUCGAUAACAACACUUUACCACCUCGCAUGGAUACCUUGGCUUCACGUAGAUUUCAAUUAUUUUGGUCCUGUCAUUUCGACGCAAUGACCUUUAAUGACAACACUACAUCACCAUUUAUGGAUCCUUCAAUUUCAAUUCCUGCCAUUAACUUUAAUUACAACGUUGUUUCGUCUCCUGUCGCAAUGGACCCUAAUUAUGAUUCUCGUCCCAUUUUCUCGCCCUCCACGGGACGUCGUGCUAAGUCUCUCAAAAAAGAAUUGUGUCGUUAUUGUAACAAACGUUUCCGACAUUUUAAUGAAUUGCAAGAUCAUGUUUACUCCAAACAUAGAAGAGACCAAAAUCCAUACAAAUGUUCAAUUGAGGGAUGUAAAAAGUUCAAUAAACUUUUCUCCGGAAAAAACAGCUUUAGACGUCAUUAUAAAGAUUUUCAUUCUGACAAAUCUCAUCCUAUCCUUAAAAAGAGAG